GCUGGAAUCACGUUGAGACGGUAAACAAUUUGAUGCGUAAAGGAGGAUUUAAAGGUGAAAUAACUGAAAUGGACAGACAAGCAGUUUUGGUCGAACGUUUCCAAUCCGAGAAAAUGUCUAUAUCAUAUGAGGAAUAUUUAACCUACAAAAAAUUUCAACAACAACAACGUAACGGUGAAAUAACAACUUUGGACGGUGCUGGUGGAGGAGGCGGGGGAUGUCCUCCAUCUUCAAACGGUGGGCCUCGAAAUGGGCUUUUAUGCAACGGGUUUUUAAAUUCUUGUCUUCCAUGAUUGAAGAAAAAACCGGUGUGCUUAGAAAAGAAGGGGAAAAAUGAGAGGAUGAGUGGGAUUUUUUGGUGGGAAUUUUUUUCUUUUUUUUUCUUAAUUUUUCUGGUGGUGAAAGGUUUUUUUCUUUUAUAUUUUUUCAACUUUUAAGACUAAUGGAAAUUAAUUCUAAAACAAAAUCGGACCUGAUUUGAGUCGAUUUUCAGUUUAAUUUUGGAAAUUAGGUUUAGUUUAUAACUCUUUUUUUGAUAUUUUUUGAGGGGUCUUGGGUUCGAACCCGUUGGGGGCCCUCUAAUUUUAAAUAGAUUCUUUUGAUUUUUUUUCGAAGACCUUUUUUAAAAAUAAGCAGCCUAUAAGUAUUUUUAACUUUUUAGGUAAAUUGAAAAAUUUUUUUGAAAAAAUUUUUUGAAAUUUUUUUCGGCAUUUUUAUUUUUGGGCAAAACGAAAAUAUUUUUGGGGGGUAUUUUUUUCAAUUUUCUUUUUUUUCAAUUUAAAUUUUUUUCUAAAAUUUAAAAACAUUUUUUCUUUUUUCAUUCUCUCUCCCCUUCAAUUUUUUCUCUUUUUCCAUUUAAAAUUUCUUUUUUUUUUUGUAAAAUUCCUUCUUCCCUCUUUUGGAA